AUGAUCGAUCACGCGGCGCUGCCGACCGUCGCCGCGGCGGUGGCGACCGCCCUGGCGCUGGGCCUUGGCGCACUACUUGUGUGGAAGCCGCUAUCAGAGGCAUGGACGCGUGUGCCGUCUAUCGAGCGCGUGUAUCCCCCUGAGGCGCAGCCCGGCUGGGCCGGGGCUCUGCGCGACCCGCGCACGCCGCUGGUCAACGACGGCGCCAUCCACUGCUACGACCCCGCAACCGGGUACGUUCUGGGCACGGCGCUGGCCGACUCGCCCGACACGAUUCGAACUAAGAUUGCGCGCGCGGCCGACGCACAGCGGGUAUGGCGCGGGUCGUCCAUGGCGCAGCGGCGGCUCGUGCUGCGCACGAUGCACGCGUGGAUCCAGCGCGACCUCGAGCCGAUCGCGCGCAUCGCCUGCCGUGACACGGGCAAGACGGCCAUCGAUGCUGCGUUUGGCGAGCUCUUGACGACGUGUGCCAAGCUGGCCUGGACACUCCAUCACGGCGAGCGUGUGCUGCGCCCGGAGCGCCGCAGCGGCAACCUGCUACUUGCACACAAGACGUGCACGGUGGUCCACGAGCCGCUUGGCGUCGUGGCCGCGUGCGUUUCGUGGAACUACCCGGUGCACAACAUGCUGGGGCCCAUCAUCUCGGCGCUCUUUACGGGCAAUGCCAUCGUCGUCAAGGGCUCGGAGCAUGUCGCAUGGUCGUCGCAGCACAUGCUCGAGGGCGUGCGCCGCUGCCUCGCAGCAUGCGGUGCGCCGACCGAUGUGGUGCAGCUCGUGGCGUGUGGUCCUGAUGCCGUGGAGGCACUCACUCGCGAUCCGCGGAUCGCGCACAUCACCUUCAUCGGCAGCGACGCGGUUGGCCGCCGCGUCGCGGCAGCAGCAGCGCCGCAGCUGACACCGACGAGGCUCGAGCUAGGCGGCAAGGACCCGGCCAUCGUGCUGCCCGAUACUGACCUUCCAUUCUUUGCGUCCAUGUUCCUCCGCGCAUGCUUCCAGGCCAUGGGCCAGAACUGCAUCGGCAUUGAGCGCUUUCUCGUGCCACGCGCGCGUAUCAACGAGCUCGUCGCGCUCGUCUUGCCGCGCAUCGAGGCGCUGCGCGCGGGUAGCACACUCGACGACACGCGCUUCGGCAACCGAGAGGCGCCUGCCGACAGCGUGGACGUGGGCGCCAUGAUCUCCGAUGCACGCUUCGACACGCUCGAGGCGCUCAUUCGCGAGGCGGUCGCACAGGGCGCACAGCUGCACACCGGCGGGACGCGCCUCGCCCAUACGCGGUGGCCGCUCGGGCACUACUUUGCGCCGACGCUCUUAUCACAUGUGACGCCGGCGAUGCGUAUUGCCAACGAGGAGCUCUUUGCGCCUGUUCUCCUCAUCAUGUCGUACGACAGCGUCGAGGAGGCGGUGCAGAUCGCGAAUGGCACGCCGUUUGGGCUCGGCGCCUCGGUGUUUGGCCGCUCGCGCACGCAGUGCCGCAGCGUCGCCGCACAGCUCGAGUGUGGCAUGGUGAACAUCAACGACUUUGGCAUCUCGUACCUGAACCAGGGCCUGCCGUUCGGCGGGCGCAAGCACUCAGGCUACGGGCGCUUUGGCGGCCCCGAGGGCCUCCAGGGCCUCACGGCGCCCAAGGCGCUCACAGAGGAUACCUUGUUUGGGCGUAUCCAAACAGCGAUUCCGCCUGUCGUCGACUACCCGGUACGCAAUACGCUGCGCAGCUGGACGUUUUUGCGCUCGCUCGUGCGCCUGGCGUUUGGCUCGUGGUGGGCACGUGUGCAGGCCAUUCCGGGCCUGUGCUAA